AUGGGGUGUUUUCGUUGUUAUGGAGAAUCGUCAAUUAAGAAACCAGAGAAAUUGAGGAAAAACAAUAACUAUAAUCGACACAGAAGAGCUGAUCAUGCAUCGCCAAAUAGAGAUGCGUUGCGACUGAGCACGCGUAAAGGUGCGAAGGAAGAGACUGAGGUCCUAAACCAACGUGCCGUGGAAAAGGAGGUGGAUGCGAGUAAGAGCCCUUCUAGCGAUGGAGAGACCCAUAGUGUCAAAGCACGAACCUUUAUGUAUGCUGAAUUGCUGGCUGCGACGCAGAGUUUCAAGGCAGAAAACUUUUUGGGUGAGGGCGGUUUUGGAAAAGUUUAUAAAGGUCAGUUGCAGGAGACAAACGAGAUUGUAGCUAUAAAGCAACUUGAUCGCAAUGGAUGCCAGGGCAUUCGGGAGUUUGUUGUAGAAGUUUUGACAUUGAAUAUGGCCGAACAUCCUAAUCUUGUUAAAUUGAUUGGUUAUUGUGCUGAAGGAGAUCAGAGGCUGUUGGUAUAUGAGUUCAUGCCACUAGGUUCAUUGGAGUACCAUUUGCACGACCAUCGUCCAAAUACAAAACGACUCGAUUGGAAUACUAGAAUGAGGAUAGCAGCUGGUGCUGCAAAAGGCUUGGAGUAUUUGCAUGAUAAGAUGAAACCACCGGUUAUAUAUCGUGAUCUGAAAUGCUCCAACAUUUUGCUCGGGGAAGGAUAUCAUCCCAAACUAUCUGAUUUUGGAUUGGCGAAAGUGGGUCCAUCUGGAGAUCAGACACAUGUCUCCACCAGAGUGAUGGGCACAUAUGGAUAUUGUGCACCUGAAUAUGCAAUGACUGGCCAACUGACUUUCAAGUCCGACAUUUACAGUUUUGGUGUUGUUCUUCUGGAGAUCAUUACGGGAAGGAAAGCUAUUGACAAUCGAAAAACUGGUGCAGAGCAAAAUCUCGUUGCAUGGGCUCGACCAUCGUUCAAGGACCGGAAAAAAUUCUACAAAAUGGCUGAUCCGGCACUGGAAGGUCAAUAUCCCGUGAGAGGCUUAUUCCAGGCUCUUGCAAUUGCUGCAAUGUGUGUGCAGGAGGAACCCCACAUGCGGCCCCUCAUUGCAGAUGUCGUUUCAGCACUGAAUUUCCUUGCGUCCCAGACAUAUGAUCCUAGUAGAGUGAAACCAGAUGGAUUAGAUCGCUUGUCCUCCCCGGCCACCCUCUUUCUAUGUAAAUGUGAAUGCGAGAGGCAAACUCUCUCCUCCCCAAGAAGGAAAUUUGAAGAAAACCCAGAGCUUCCCCUCCACAACAAGCGUUCUGGCAAUCCCAAGAGGGAGAUUUCAGGGUCUCCGACUGUUGGCUCAUCUGAUCCAUUUGAAAAAAAGAAAUAUUUCUCCCCGUUGCAACUCUGA